AUGGCAGGUCCAACGACCGAACCAGCUUUCACACGAUAUCGCAAUAACACCAAUCCACGGUGGUGGAAAGAUGCAGGCUUGAGAGUCAACGUGCUGCAUUGCGCUGGCUUGUACUUUUGUGUCUUCUAUCUUGGCUAUGAUGCCUCGCUGCUAAAUGGUCUUCAGACCAUUCCCCAAUGGCAGACAUACUUUCAUCAUCCCGAUAGCAACCUCUUGGGUCUUAUAUCUGCUAGCAUGUUUCUGCCUGCGAUCAUAACCCCAUAUAUUAGUUCCAUCAUCAAUUCCAGAUGGGGCCGUAAAGUUGCCAUCUUAAUCGGAUCGUUACUUUUAAUCCUCGGGGCCUUUAUCAACGCCUUCGCCAAGAACAUUGGUACUUUUAUCGCCGGCAGGGUUCUCGUUGGUGCGGCGGGCCCGUUCGGGAAGAUCACUGCCGUUGCACUACUGCAGGAAAUUGCUCACCCACGACUUCGACCCCUGCUUUCCACAUCGUUCUACCCGAAUUACUAUUUUGGGUCCAUCGCUGCAGCGUGGUUUUGCUUUGGGUCGCUUCGUUGGGGAGACACGUCCUGGUCUUGGCGUGCACCAUGCUUGUUCCAAAUUAUGGCUCCUCUCGUCGUCUUAGUUUUUCUCAUCUUCAUACCAGAAAGUCCUAGGUGGCUCGUUCAUCAUGGGCAAAAGGAUAAAGCCAUUCGUAUUCUUGCCAAAUAUCACGCCAACGGUGACGCGAAUGAUGAGCUUGUGCUGCAUGAAUACAACGAGAUUUGCUACGCAAUUCAACUUGAAGAGGAAAACUCUAAAACGAGCUUCCGGGAUUUUGUUAAAACGCCUGGAAAUAGGAGACGUCUUCUUGUGCUUUUAACUAUGGCAACCGGUACUAACUGGGUUGGAAACGGCAUAAUAACUUACUAUCUUGCCCCCGUCUUGAAGAUUGCUGGAAUCACGGAUAGCACACAAAUUUCUGGAAUAAAUGGUGGUUUGGCAGUGUGGAACUUGUUUCUUUCGUAUUUCGGCGCUUUCAAUGCCGAACGAGUUGGCCGUCGAAAAUUGUGGAUGGCCUCUACAAUUGGAAUGUUGCUUUCAUAUGUUGUUAUGACUGGUCUAUCAGGCUCGUUUGCAUCGGAUCAUAACCGAUCUGUGGGGAUUGCCAUUGUGCCUAUGCUUUUCAUCUAUUACGGAUUCUACGAUAUUGGAUGGACGCCUCUGCCUUUCGCGUAUGGUGCAGAGAUUCUACCAUAUCACAUGCGCCUGAAAGGUCUCAGUAUAAUGCUCUCAGUGCAGAGUGUAGCGCAAGCAUUUAACCAAUGGGUCAACCCUGUUGCCCUGUCUUCCAUUUCGUGGAAAUAUUACAUUGUCUAUAUUUGUCUUCUCUGUGUUUAUCUAGUUAUUAUUUACUUCUUCUUUCCCGAAACCCGGAAACUUACCAUCGAAGAAGUGUCCUUGAUUUUUGACACUGGUCGGCUGGGUGAUUCUGCUGCUGUGACAGCAGAGCUCAGUGGUGGAUCCAAGGUUGUGAUGGACAUGGAAGAUAAGAACAGUCAGCGCCAGCCUAUCGAGGUAACCCGGGACCAUGUCGAGCACAAGAGAAUCUAA